AUGUUAAAGAAAAACAAUAGAAAAGAUGAAACAUAAUUCGAGAAGAAGAAGUUUAUAACCCUAACACUCCAAAUUCCGAUCCGUAGAAUUUGCUCUAACUCUGUCAUCUCAUCCCCUGCGAUUACAAGGGAAAUUCAUUUCUCUUAUCAGAUUGCAGAUCACAGGUUGCAGAUUACAGAUUUCAUUCCAGUUUUCCUUUCGACGAUUCCAAAAAAUUGAAGUGCAAUUUGGGUAAAAGAGAUAAGCAAUGGCAUUGAUGAGGUCCCUCUACCGCUCUUUGUCGAGCUCCGAAUCAUCCGUUUACUAUGCAGUUGUGGGUAAUCGGAUUCUUAAUGGUUCUGGUUUCAAGCAUCAAUCGUCUCGUUCGUUGUUCAGUCUUUCUCCCUGCAAUUCACCAGCUUCAUCGAAUCGUCUUUGUUCAGAUGGCAGGUCCCCCUUUAGGUUGAUUGGAAGCAUUCGUGCUUUUAGCCAAGAUGUAGCUCCGUUGCCUGACAUCAAAGACUCAGAAAUAAAAGUUGCAUUGAAGAAUUUCAUUGCUGCAGACUGGGGGGAACUCCCACAGUCUCUCAUACGUGAUGCAUCAGGGGUAUUGUCUAAAGAUUCCGACGACAAAGCUGGUAAGGAGGCCUUGAAAAAUGUUUUUCGUGCAGCUGUGGCGGCGGAAGAGUUCAUUGGCACUCUUGAGACCUUAAAAAUGGCCAUCGAUGACCUUGUUGGUUUGAGUGGCGAGAAUGUGAAGCCGCUUCCUGAACACUAUGCCCAAGCAUUAAGAACAGCCUAUGAUCGCUAUAGCAAGUAUUUGGAUUCAUUUGGGCCUAAUGAAGUAUAUCUGAAGAAGAAAGUGGAGUCAGAGUUGGGAAGGAGGAUGAUUCAUUUAAAAAUGAGAUGCGGUGGUCUUAAUUCUGAAUGGGGAAAGGUCACAGUCCUUGGAACUUCUGGAAUUUCUGGUUCGUAUGUCGAGCAAAGAGCUUCAUAAUUGCUAAAAACCUAAUCUUGCUGAGGAACGGACUGUAUCCAUCCUAGACAGAAAAUCUCGGUUGGAGCUGCUUAGAUGCUUAACAUUAUGAAUAAAUAGCUGAAUAAUGGGGCAUCUCUGACUUAAAGCUUCAUAUCUUUUGUGAAAACUUUGUUCUUGUGGAAAAAUCUGUUUCAUUUUGCAGAAAUAAUCUACAAAGAAAUUCGAAAUGUAAUUUCUCUUUCUGAAAAAGCUUAAUGAAGGUGUUUCAGCAUUUUUCUGUUUGGA